UCCGGUCCACUCAAAUCUCACUCCACCCAACGUCAGAAGAGCGAGCGAGGGUGACGCGUGCGCCCAGCAGUAUGUGCGCGCCCACGGGAGGGGCCGACAGAAAAUGGCGAGUCUGUGCAAGCGGCAGCAAUGCACACUAGAGAGGCGCGGCUUUCGGCAGGAGCUUGACUCGUGGAGGCAUAAACUCAUUCACUGUGUAGGCUUUGAAAGCAUCCUGGAAGGCUUGUUUGGGCCGGGAGUAGUCAAAGAUAGCACUACUUUCCAAGAUUGUGAGCCCGAGGAAGUGUCCGACUGGUCGUUUGAUGACAACUGUCUCUUCUGCUGCCUGCGACGUGAGAAUAUCAAGGAUCACAGUUCCGACGACACGGUUGCCAGCGGCCAGUUGCUGUUGGAGGGCGAGGACGCAAAACGGGAACAGACUCGCCUCAGCCGACUGGAGAGACAAGCGCAAGACUUCCUCAAUGCUGUGUUUCACAGGAAAGAUCUCCCAAAUUUGUCGGACCCCCACAUUCCGCUAGUGGCUCGAGAGAUCAUGCAGCGAAUGAUCCGCCAGUUUGCUGCCGAAUAUACCUCAAAAACCACUCAGGAUGCCCCACUGCCACCGCUGCCGCCCAAUGGGGCCAUGAAGGACCAAAGCCUGCCGCCCUGCUCGCCCCCGCCACCCGGGCCGACACCCGGCUCGCCGCCCUCGUCCGCUUCCUGCUCCUUGCCGUCGCCCUGCCUCAGCCCCCCUGGCACUGAAGGGGGUGCAACCGCCGCUGCUGCCUCUGCACAGAACCCCGUCCUCAGCAAGCUGCUCAUGGCCGACCAGGACGGCCCGCUGGACCUCACUGUCAAGAAGAACCUGGCUGAGACCGAGACCCCUGCCCAGCAGGAUGGCGUUCUGGAUCUUUCCACCAAGAAGAACCAGUGUGAUAAGCAGGGCUUCUCCUCACCACAUGGACUCAAAGGGCACCCCGUGGAGGUCGACCAUUCUGUGAAGGUGGAGCAUUCCGUAAAGGUGGACCAUUCCGUGCCGGAUGCGGACGAAGACGACGGCGUGCUGCCGCAAAGCUUUCAGGACGGCCUGCGGGACAACUUGAUCAACUCCUUUAAGCCGCCACUAGCCCGCUCGCUGCGCAUCAAGGAAGAGCUGCUGAGCCAGAAGCACCGCCUCCUGAGUCAGCCUGCCGCAUUGUCAUUGGCCAGCCUAGAGUCAGUCGGCCUCUUCAAUCGCGACCAGUCACACUCCCUGCUGGGCCAAAAGGGCUCCUCGUCCUUCUGGGGCAGCAAGGCCCACCUGGAGAGCCUGAUGAAGCUGAAACAGGCCAGUGGGGCCCUGAGUGGAGCCCUCGGAGGCCUCAAAGACCUGCCUACGUUCCUAGAGAAACACCACAACCACCACGGAGCCUUCUCCUUCAAGAAUUCCCUGCUUCACCACCACAAUCAGGUCUCGAAGACCCAGCAUAACCACCAUGACGCCAAGCGGGACCAAUCACCCCCCGUCGACCUGAAGAUCCCGCAGGUUCGGGGCAUGGAUCUCUCUUGGGACUCCUCCGCCUCCGAGCUGUACGGUUUCGGUGGAAUUGGACCCGGAGGCGGCGGUGGACUCAGCGAGAACGCCUUGAGCCGGAAGCUGAGAGCCAUCCUGCCCAAGCAGAACCGGCGGGGCGCUAGCUUGGGAAGCCUGCUGGACGGCGCGGCGGAAUACUGGACUGCUGACUUGGAACACUCUGCCUCCGGGCCAGCAUAUUCCACCUCGGACGUGGAGGGGGACCCCAACUCCAAGCAGCCACGGAAGAAGAGGGGGCGCUAUCGGCAGUAUAACACCGAGAUCCUGGAAGAGGCCAUCGCCGUGGUGAUGAGUGGCAAGAUGAGCGUCUCCAAGGCGCAGAACAUGUAUGGCAUCCCGCACAGCACUCUGGAGUACAAAGUCAAGGAGCGUAUGGGUACCCUGAAGAACCCUCCAAAGAAGAAGCUCAAGCUGAUGAUGAAGAUGGAGGUAGGCGGCCCGGAGUUCCCCGGUGACGCGGCGAACACGCCUGCCAUCAUCCCGCGCAACGAUGCUGCCACCACACCCCCCUCCCUCGGGCCUGCUGAGCUAAAGGUGGACGUCAAGGAAGAGAUGGAACAUGUCGAUUAAAAGCAACCUCACAAGGCUCCUCCAGAACCACCGGGCUUUAUUUGUGCCAAUUUCCUUUGCAGUAUCCUGGCCGAGCACAAAGGCAGGGAUGUAAACCAAGACAGUUUUCCGGAGACCAACCACUAAUCGGAAUCAUUGUUGUUGAGACUUUUGUACCCAAAUCUCAGAACCAACGACAAUUUUAUGAAAUUUUCUCAAGCAUGCGGAUAAUCCCCAGUAGGGUCGAAAAGGGGUGGAAAAUUUCUAGUUAAUUUUUGGAAAGUUUCUGGAAUAUUUGUAUGGGAAGUUAAACUGGGGAAGUUUGGAAAUAUUCUUUCUGGGAAUUAACUGGGAAUUUAGGGGAAUUCAGUGGAAAGACAUCAUAUUCGAGCAUAAAUACAAACAUUUUGUUUGUUAUAAGCAGAGAUCCAUGCAAAAUUGAUAGCUCUCUCUGCCCACAUACAAGGGCAUUACAGUAUCGUUAUUGCUCCACCCCCCCCAACCACCCACUUCACUCGAGGCGGCAUGAUGAGCGACUGGUUAGCACGUCUGCCUCACAGUUCUGUGGACCCGGGUUCAAAUCCAGCCUCGCCUAUGUGGAGGAAAAUGGAUAGAAGGUUCACAUCGAGUGGCGGUAUGCCCGAAGCUAGCUCGUACCUCAAAUAUGGAAACUGGAAAAACUUGUGAGUCAGGGCACUUGUACUGUACUUGCAUAUUACCUGGUUGUUUUAGUCAGGAUUAUACUCAAAUAUAUUUGAGUUCACUAUUGAGAGCCAGCCUUCAACUUUGUAAAUUCCUGAUUUGAUCCCAUAAAUUCCCCUUAAUUCCCAUGGAGUGUUUCCAAUUUUGAAAAUUCCCAGAAUUUUGCAAUCCUCUUCCUCGCCCCGAAAAACCUUGAAAUCCAACACCCGUUGCCCCUACCGCUUCUCUGGACCUGGAACCUAUCUGCUUAUGAAUGCAGUCACUUGGGAACACUCCAAUUUGGGCAAAAGGACAAAAGGGGCGGGGGGUUUACGGUAAAAAAAACAAAAACAAAAAACGAUUGGUGAAUGACUACUUAGUGUACGUUUGAAUCAACGCUGUCAAGAUUCCUCGUCAGGGUUGUGAAUCGGAACCCGCCUGCCAGGUAGCCAUGAUGCUUUAACGGCAAGACCUUUCUUUCCUGCCCACGAUGUCCCGCUGAGAUUUGCGCGGAAUGAGAAGACACAACAAAAAGUCAUUCAGGGAUGCAUGUUUGUGAGUUUUGUGACAAACUACUGACUGGUGAGAUCAUUUUUUUCCUUCUUUAUUUUAUUUUUAUUUUUGGGGUUUUGCUUUCUUUUGCACUACACAUUGGGUCCGGCACUCUGGCGGACCAGGUUACCUCGGCAUUGUUGCCACUCGCAUCAUGCACUUAUUACGGUCCGUCUCACAAGCCGGGUCGGGAGGGCCCGCCAACGCCGCUGCCUCCGGAUCUGAAUGCGGAUCAGCUGCAGCGGCGGUGGCGCUACCUCAUGGACCUUCAUCGGUGUCUGACCGUGGAAGCCUGUCGCAGUUUCGGCCUUUUAGGAUGGGCAUGAAGCUUGGCUGCUAUCCACUCGAUGAGCCCCCGCUCCUAUGCUAAUGUUUUAGCGGGGCCUCGGCUAACAACUUGAGCUAGCUAACUAGCCUCGGCUAAGCCAGGACACUUUGCUGAUGUUUUUCUUUGCUCUUUUCCUUUUUCUCUUCUAAUCAAGCUCAGCUAAUCAAGUUGCUCUCCAUCCAAUUUCAAGUUUUAAAGGCAAUUUACUAUGACAAUUUGAAUUUAUAAUGGGGCGGGG